AUGGUCAUUACCUGUUAUUACUGCACUAGCCAUCGCCAAAAAAUUUUAGCUGGUGGUGGGCGAGGUGGCGGUUUCGCCAAUAAACGUUUCGGUGCGAGUGGUGGAGCGCAGAGAGAAGCGCAGCAGUUUUACUGCGAGGUGUGCAAGAUCUCAUGUGCUGGUCAACUUACAUACAAGGAACAUUUGGAGGGUCAGCGUCACAAGAAGAAAGAAGCUCUGGCAAAAGGAGAGAAUAAUCCAAGUUUGCCCAAGAGCAAGGUAUCUUUCCGCUGUGAUCUCUGCAACGUCACUUGUACAGGCCAGGAUACCUAUAAUGCUCACGUACGCGGCGCUAAGCAUCAGAAAACAUUAACCCUCUGCAAAAAAUUGGGCAAGCCUAUACCAUCUACGGAACCUACCAUCAUUCCGCCAUCGGAGAUGGGUGGUGUCAUUCCUCCACCUCCAAGUACCUCUGCUGCAGCUCCUGCCUCAACCGCGAAUUCUUCAGUGAAAAGGGUUGCGGGGAUCUCUACUGUUAAUUUUGUUGGAGGAGCAAAACUUUCAUCAACUGCUGGACAGCUCGAAGCAAAAAAGCAACAAGUUAUGCACGCGGUAGGCAGUGCCGGUGUGAAAUCCGCGGAAGAACCUACUGCGCAAGCAAUCAAAGGACAAACAGAAGAGCUGCAGGCUCUUAUUGCCGCUGAGCAAAGUUUGAAGCCAGUCGGUGAAGAAUUUGUGGAAGCUCAACGCGACGCAACCGGAAAACUCCUUCAGUAUCUCUGCAAGCUGUGCGAUUGCAAGUUUAGUGAUCCUAAUGCGAAAGAAAUUCAUCUCAAAGGUCGCAGACAUCGGCUGCAGUACAAAAUGAAGGUCGAUCCAAAUUUGGAGGUAGAAGUUAAACAGGCGACAAACAGAAGAGGAGCUAAAUAUGAGCGUGGUCGUGGUCCGAUAGGAGCAAUGUUACCUCGUGGCGGUCCUUUACCACCACCUGCAGGUGUACCUUUACCUCGCAGCAUUGGACCAUUUGCGCCAGGCGGACCAGGGAUGCGUGGUCCAUGGUUUGGCAAUGGCCCAAUUGACGGCCGACGUUUCGAAAGCACAGACGAUCGGCACGUUCAGGCGAAGCAUACUUCAAUCUAUCCAAAUGACGACCAACUGACUGUCAUUGAAAGUCUUGUGACAGAAACAGAAAAGGCUCUGAAAAAAGUGUCGGAUUACUUCAAUGAACGUGAUCAGCCCGAGACUAAGCCAGUGAUCAUAAAAUCGGCUGCUGAAGAAGGAGUGAAAUCCAAGGAAACCGCUACACCAGAAAAGGAUCGCCUUCUUAAAGGAGUAAUGCGGGUUGGAAUGUUAUCGAAAGGGUUGCUUCUCAAGGACGAUACUGAGGUUCAUUUGGUUGUGCUCUGUUCGCGUAUUCCCGGCUUGUCGUUGUUGAAAGAAGUGGCAUCUCUGAUACCUGUUCACUAUGAGAAGCCCGAAGGAUCGACAGUUGAAAUUUCAUUGGAGGAGUCAAGCGCAUCAAUGAUUCUUCGUCAGAGUUCUGUACCGAUGCAGUGUCGGAUCACUUUAACAUCUCGCGAGUUUAGAGAGGAUGCAACUGGAGGAUUAAUCGUGUUCGGCUUUGAGUACUGUGUGUUGCUUGUCGUUGCAGUGUUGUCUAUAUUGCUUAGCAAAUUGAUUCCCCGAAUGUUUGAAUUAUAG